AUGAUUGAAGCUUCUACAGAAGAGAACGCGAUGAAAACCGAGUCUUUGAUGUCAUAUGAAACAGUCAAAUACUUCAACGCUGAAAAGUUUGAGUUCAAACGCUACUGUAUGAGGGUCCAGGAGGUUCGAAAUGCCAACUAUAGAAAUGCUCGCUUCGCGGGUUUGAUGAACACCUGCCAGAAUACAUUCAUGAUGGCCGGAGCGCCCGUGGUGGACAGCCCCACCGCGCGUCCGCUGGUCCUAUGCCGCGGCGAUAUCACCUUCAAGAAUGUGACUUUCUCAUAUGAUGAGCGAAGACUCGCAUUGAAUCGGCUUUUAUUGAACUGUCGAGCUGGAACAACAACAGCCUUUGUUGGCUGUAUUACUGUCGAUGGACACGACGUGCGGAAUAUUACUAUCGAUUCGCUACGCAAGCAUAUCGGAGUGGUAGCUCAACAUCCCGUGCUCUUCAACAACUCGUUAAUGUAUAACUUGAAAUACGCCAACCAAAACGCCACCGACGAACAAGUGUAUGACGCCUGUCGUGCCGCCAGUGUACAUGGUACAAUUAUGAGUUUUCCGGAAGGCUAUAGCACAAAGGUUGGCGACCGUGGCCUCCGUCUGAGUGGUGAGAAGCAACGUGUGGCGAUUGCUGGUGUCAUUCUCAAGGACCCCAAGAUCAUUUUGUUAGAUGAAGCCACGGCCUAUCUUGACACAAAUACCGAGGAGAAUAUACAACGUUCCCUCGAAGUUCUCUAG